AUGGUGGAGCUGGACGAGCUGAAUAGCAGAUAUGAGGCUGUCAGAGUUGCGGAAGAUAACAAGGAUAAAAUCAUCGAGGAGCUUCUCACCUACGUCAAAGAUCUUCAAAAAGAACUUCAACUCGAGAAGAACGAGUCUGAGGACCAGAAGAAGCUAGUUCAGGUGUAUAAAGAAGAUGCGAGGAAAUGCGAGGGUGAACUCAAAGAGAAGUCUCGCAUGGAAUUCAUGGAUGAGUUAAUUCAAGAUGGACAGAAGGGUGGUCGCACCGCCGCAAAAGCACUUAUUGAGGCGGCUCGCUGUCAUAUCCGAGAGGUCAAACCCGACAGUAGCCCCAACAUCCAGUUCAUAAUUCGGGUAUACGCGAACGUGGCUGGUCUAGCGAAGGUAUAUUCCGAUAGUGGUAUCGUGAGCUCAGUGGAUGUUGUGAGAUGCUUUAUACAAGGUUUUAACAUGGAAAAUACUCUGUGUGAGUUUGUGGAUGCUGGUAGCGGGAAGGAAUGUUCUGAUGUGAAGAUUGGAGCUCACUUUGACCACUAUCUUCACGAUCUUCAUUGUCAGCAUAUCAUUUUCUGCGGGUCUGCAGAUAAUGGCUAUGCCCGACGUUUUUCGGUCAAAGAAGUUAGCGAGAAGAGUUUCAUUCAGCAACAAAGUGGUCACGCAAUCAAUUACACCUCCACGGACGCCGACUCCAAACUACGCCUCUAUAGCAAGAACAGCGGCUCCGCUAACAAAACCGACAGCAAAACAAGAUACCCCGCCUAG